CUUCCACUCAAAACCCCUUCUUCUCAUUAAUCCUAUAUUUCAAUUUAUUCUUCUUCUUCUUCUCUCUCUCUGAAUUUCCUCUCUAUCUCAUACACUCGAAGCAUCACCCUCACAACCAGAACCACCGGUACUGCUGUAAAUGGCUUCUUUAGAGGAAGCUUCAACCCUAGAACUCAUUAGACAACAUCUUCUGAGUGACUUUACCUCCAUGGAGAGCUUCAUCUCCAAUCUCCAUGUUUUUAACUCCAACACCUCCCAAAACCGGUCAACCAAAACUUCGGACCGAAAAAAUGGCAACAUCAGCACUGAUGUUGAAACCUCUGCUUAUUUGGUCCCCAAGGAAGAACCCAUCACCUAUUCUUCCAAUUCUUUUGACCAAACCAACUCUGACCUCGACAUAAAACCCACAACCUUCCGCUCAAAUCCCCCAAAACCUUCCAAUUUAAGCCAUCGCAGACCAUCCUUAAACCUCGAAAUACCACCAACACCAUUCGGUUUAGAUUCAAAGACCAUGCCGGAAACCGGAAGUAACCUGAACGUUGCUGGUAAUAAUGAAAGUAAGCAUUACAGGGGAGUCCGGAGACGGCCGUGGGGGAAGUUUGCGGCUGAGAUACGCGACCCCAAUAGGAAAGGCUCGCGGGUGUGGCUCGGAACGUUCGAUACGGCCAUAGAAGCAGCAAAAGCUUACGAUCGGGCCGCGUUUAAGCUGCGUGGAAGCAAAGCCAUCCUGAAUUUUCCACUAGAAAUUGCCGCGAAUUCUUCGGAGUAUGAUAAUUCUGAUUUGAGCGUCGGAAAGAAGAGAAGGAGAGAGAGCGAUAGUGAAGAUAUCACAAACAGUACUGUACAGAGAAAGGAGUUGAAGGAAGAGCCAGUGGAGCCUGGUCGGGAAAUAAAGGCAGAGAGUGUUUCGGCGGCGGCUCGUCCGUUAACGCCGUCAAGUUGGACCGAGUUUUGGGAUUCUGACGUGAAUGGAAUUUUCAGCGUGCCUCUGUUAUCGCCGUUAUCUCCGCAUCCCUCGUUGGGAUACUCUCAGGUUAUGGUUACAUGAGAGGAGUCCGUUACCACUUCCGCUAUCUCAUUCUCCGCAUCCUGAUCCCGACAUGGACUCUGGACCAAGACAGCUCCGUAUGAGAGAGAGAGGCUGCGCAUACGCAGCGAAUGGUGGCAUCACGGAGUUCACUAAAUUCGUACAAAUGGGAAGAGUCACACUCGAGUGAUACCAGAAACACUGCCUUCUGGACUUCUAAAAAAUAGAAAGAUUAAAACAAAAGAAGUGUGCUAAAUGUAAAUACAGAGAGAUGUGGUUUGGGGUUUAUGUGAGUACGUUUGUUCUUCUAUGGUAAUGAAGGGCUUUUCUUUUCCUCCGCAGCUCAGUGUUCAAUGUUCAUUUAAGGGCCUACGAUUACUGUGUGUGUUCGUUGAUUGGGGCGUCAGCUCCGGAUCAAGAUUCUCUAAAGAUGUCAACCGAAUUUGAAAUAUACAGAGUUUUUAAGUAUUUAUUUAUUA